AGAAGAAGCACCAGAAUUUUUCAACUUUUUCCAGAGAACAAUAGAAAACCCAACUUGUGCUCUCGAGGGUUUUCUUUAUUCCUCUCAUCUUUGGAUUUUCGUGGGUCAUCAUUUUGGAAGCUUACCCACCAGCGAAAUUAUAACCGCGAUACGAUUUCUGGGUUCUCUCUCUGCAUGUGCUAAAUCGCCGGACUGAUCCUCACUGUCACCUCUGUUCCCGGCUAAUUCGCCGGUGAAAUCUAUGGUUGGUGGUCAGAUUUAUUUCCAAUUGUUUGUGCAUCUGGUGGAGGAUAAAUGCUCCUUGUUUUGGAUCUAGGGAUUUCUAGUCUAGUCCUUGUGAUCUCUCUUGUUCUGCCUCUGAUCGGCCUCUUUGUUCGUCACAAAUGGAGGGUCGCUGCCCAAAGAAGGGAGGAGAUUAGGAGACUUCUUAUUCAUGCGUCUGAAGAGGCUGCUAGGGCUGAGCUAGAGGCCUCUGUUGAGUUCUCCUCUGUUACCGUCUCUAAUGUAUUCCAUUGUCCUGUAUGCUAUUGUCUUGCCACGACUCGAUGCUCUCGCUGCAAAUCCGUUCGAUAUUGUUCCGGGAAAUGUCAAAUCAUUCACUGGCGGCAAGGUCACAAAGAUGAAUGUCAUCCUGCUUCCAUUGUAUAUGAUAGUGAAGAUGAGAAAAGUGAUUCUGAUUUGAGAUUCAGAGAAGAAAAUGAACGGAAUACUCUUGUGGAAACUUCACUACUGGAUCCAGAGCCAGUUACUAUACCAAUAGGGGAAGCAAUAUUAUCUAAUCCUGCAAGAUCUCCUGAAGAUGGGAAUGGAGAUAUUGCAGAUAACAAAGAUGACCUUAUAGAUAAGGAAGAAGCUGUUUCUGUUGCUGAAACAACUGGAUCCUCGUUUUCUGGCUUCUCCUCCUCCCCCCGUAAUGACUCUGGUGAUGAGAAUUCUCUUUGUGAGAGCUUCAGUUCUUCUGAAUCCGAGAGAUCUGAGUCCCUACUUGAUGCUCAUGUUUCUGUUGAGCCAGAGGACACCUGUUUCAGCACCAUUGAUGUUGCUCCAUCCAACCUGUUGUCUCCUAAAUUUGUGCACUUGGUUGAAUCUGUAGAUAACCUCGCUAAUCUGCCUAAAUUAAGUGUUCAUAAACCUGGGGGUGAUGCUGGGCAGAACCAGAGCCAAUCUAGGAGCUUACACUCAUUAGUUAAGGAUAGACAUCCAGUAUCCGCUGACCCAUCUCUGAAGUCAUCUGAUUUUUGGGGCACGGCUCUUGGAUCAGCAGAACGUGUAAGUGAGUCUUGUGAUAAAUCUAAAUCUGGUCGACCUGGUAACUCCUCUCUGCAUUACUCCUUUGGCUCCUCUAGAGACACCUCAGCUGUUAAAGUUUCUGAGCACAAGAGUAGCAUUUUAAAAGAAGGUACUAAUCCUGCAUUAGGGACUGGUAAUAUUUCUGAUGGAGUAAAUCUAAAAGAAAGAAAUGCUAAAAGAUUUGUUGAAGCUGAAAUUGCAUUACCAACUUCCUCUUCUACUGAUGCGCUGAGUCCUUUGGACACUUCUAAUUUGUCCCCUGUGACCCUUCCAAAGUUAAAGAGCGCCAGUAGUGAAAAUGGCUGUAUGUUGGCCCCUUUGAAGGUUGGGGAAGUCCAACCUUUGGCAUCCAAGGCAUCGAAUACCAAGGAUUGUGCUGAUCUUAUGAAACAUUCUCCUCUAGGUGCAAAAUCUGUAAGAGUUCUUGAUCAUCAGAAACAGAAUGGUACUGCCGUCCACCGUAUAAAUUCUCUACAUGGAAAAAGUGGUUUGAAAGCAUCAGUACUGAAAGUUGUAGACCAGUGGACUAGACCGAAGUCUGAAAAUGAGAUGGCGGGAAGACAUGGUCAUAAGGGGCUCUUUCCAUAUGAAGUCUUCGCUAAGCUGUAUACAAAUAAAAUUGAGUUCCAGCCUUGUGGCCUCAUCAACGUUGGCAAUAGCUGCUUUGCUAAUGUUGUCUUCCAAUGCCUGAUGUUCACUCCUCCUCUGACGACAUACUUCAUCCAGCAAUUUCAUUCUAGAGCAUGUACAAAAAAAGAACAGUGCUUCACCUGUGGGUUUGAGAAGCUGGUCUUAAAGGCAAAAGAAGGGAAGUCUCCACUGUCCCCUAAUGGCUUGCUAUCUCAGCUACAGAAUAUUGGAAUCUUUCUUGGGAAUGGCAAGGAAGAAGAUGCGCAUGAAUUCCUUAGGUUUGUUGUCGAUACAAUGCAGUCUGUGUGCAUUAAGGCAUCUGAAUAUGAUAUGCCCAAGAGUAGCAAAUUAGAAGAGACAACUCUUAUUGGUUUGACAUUUGGGGGAUACCUCCGAUCAAAGAUUAAAUGCAUGAAAUGUCAAGUAAAAUCUGAGCUGCGUGAGAAAAUGAUGGAUCUAACGGUUGAGAUUGAUGGAGAUAUUAGCACCCUGGAUGAUGCUUUGCGUCGAUUUACAAGGACUGAGAUAUUGGAUGGAGAAAACAAAUACAGAUGUGGCAGCUGUAAAUCCUAUGAGAGAGCCAAAAAGAAGCUAAAAAUAACAGAGCCUCCGAAUGUCCUUACCAUUGCACUAAAACGAUUCCAGGCAGGGAAAUUCGGGAAGCUCAAUAAGUUGAUCAGGUUUCCAGAAACUCUAGAUUUGGCUCCAUAUGUCAGCGGGGGAAGUGAAAAGUCACAUGACUACAAACUCUAUGGAGUUAUUGUUCACUUGGAUAUAAUGAAUGCAGCAUUUUCUGGCCACUAUGUCUGCUAUAUUAGAAAUCAGAAUAAGUGGUACAAGGCUGAUGAUAGCACGGUAGUAACUUCGGAUGUUGAAAGGAUCUUGACAAAGGGAGCGUAUAUGUUGUUCUACGCAAGGUGCACUCCAAUGCCUCCAAAAUUAGCAGUAUGUACCAAAACUGAAGCAUCCAACAAAAAAAGCAGAGUGCCAGUACCUAAGGCUAAAGAGAAAAGUACCAUAUCCAUGUCACGGUCUGUGUCUACUUCAAGUCCUGUUUUGUCUUCCAACACGCCCGGUGGUGGUCGAUCCGGCAAUAUACAGUCAUUUUAUUCCAGUUUCCAAAGGCUGCAGAAAAUUUUAGAAGAUGACUCGGCGAGUGACAGUUCAUCUCUCUUUGACAGCAACUCAGAUGAAUGCUCUUGUAGCACAGACAGUACAAGCAUGGACGACUUUGCUGAUUUCAUUUUUGGAGAUCAUCAGGGACGGGCACACGGACAGUCUGAGGCUCCCUCACCAACAUCAUCGUCUUCCUCGUCUUCUCCUCCCUUCACAAGGCAUUCGCCGCUCAGUCGUUCUUCUCUAGAAACUUACGGAACCUCAAGACAUCAGUUGCCCUUGGGAGGAGAAAGGUAAGGGAAACAACGAUGGUUUUUUGUCCACUGGCCCCAACUAAGUCAAAGUAGUAGAAGAAAGUAGAUUUGAUUAC